AUGAGGAGAAGAGAGAGCGCCUGUACUGCAAAACACACACAACAGUGGCUAUACUCUGGCAGCUCCAGCAGCACAUCCAUCGCAUACAACAUAGACAUUGCAUGCGAUGGCAACGCAUUUGGAGCCCAGACUUUCGACUUCAUCGCUGGUGCUCUGGCGCUGAGGAACUGUAGCUCAGUAUCGAUGCUGCGCUCACAUGACGUCAAAAUUCGUGGUUACUUUUCGUAUGGCAUUCAGCGCUUCGUGGAGUGUAUAUACAAAGCGAUGUCCGAUAGCGAGUCUGUGAUAUAUGACUACGGAGUGACACCAACCGCACCGACACCACACACACCACCAUCGGCUCUGACUGUUAAUGAGAGUUCAACGCCAACUGCCAGACGUAGAAAACAGGCCAAACCGCGUGCCUUCAAACAAUUACAUCACGUCGUCGUUCCCUUAUCUUCGAGUGACGACGAAAACGAUGAGAACGUAAACGAGUUAAUGGACGGCCAGCUCGUAAUCACUGCCUCAUCACCUGAUUUAUCUGAUUCAUCAACGCAUCCAUCGUCGACGACACCACCACCGCAACGACAAACCAAAACUCGUUCACAACUUCAACGACAACUCCUGUCGAGUGAUGAGCGUCUGGAUGAGCGCCCAAACCAUAACCAUAGGGAAUUUGCAUAA